CCAUAGGUUGGUGUCACUCUUUUUCUGUCCCUCUUACAUUAGUUGAGUCUGUGCCUUUAGCAUUGACCAGUUAGUGACAACUGCCUCUUCUCAGCUUAUUGCCACUGACUAAACUGACUGUACAAGGGCAGUUCUGGACUAUCACAAGCUCCUGCUUUAACCAGGCCCCAGAUUCAAGGCAAGGACAUCUGCCAGUGUGAGGAUAUAGUUUUUCUAGAACUUGGAGGUUUCAGUCCGGACUACCUUUGGAGCCCGGGACCUUGCCUAUCGGAUGCUGAUUCAGCAGUGGUAUUAGGGGGCGCUUGCACUUCCGUGUGGCUUUCUUCAGGUGUGUGUGUGUGUCGCCAACGGCUGCAGUGCUGGACUCCUGCAGUGAAUCCAGGUCAUUUCCUCUUUGAGCGGCUCUAUUCUGACUGUGAACAUGGCAUCGUUGAGAAGUUUCAUUCUUGCACUGCUGCUGGCACUGCUCUGCUCCUUCCACACCCCGCUGGCCCCCACCGCCAAGGCGCAGGAUCUGCCAUUCCGUUACGAGCAGGGUCUGAUGGCUGACGACGACGAUGAUGACGAUGAUGAUGAUGACGAUGAUGACGACGAUGAUGAUGAUGAUGAUGACGAAGAUGAUGAUGAUGAUGAUGACGAUGACGACGAUGACGACGAUGACGAUGAUGACGAUGACGACGAUGAUGAUGAUGACGACGACGACGAUGAUGACGAUGAUGAUGACGACGAUGAUGAUGAUGAUGAUGAUGAUGAUGACGACGACGAUGAUGAUGACGACGAUGAUGAUGACGAUGAUGAUGACGACGAUGAUGAUGAUGAUGAUGAUGAUGACGACGACGACGAUGAUGACGACGACGACGACGAUGAUGAUGACGAUGACGACGAUGAUGAUGACGAUGAUGAUGACGACGAUGACGACGAUGACGAUGAUGAUGAUGAUGACGAUGAUGAUGACGACGAUGAUCAUGGAGAUGAUGCUGAUGAAGAGAAGGAGGACGGUGCCUACCACAAAGGCUCUCUGUGCUCUUAUUGUGAAUUCUGUGAGCACUGCGACAGCUGUGACAAAUGUCCCUGCGAGGAAGGAGACGAGUCCGAACACUGUGAUGACUGCAAGAUGUGCACUUACUGCCACGUGUGUCCUCUCUGUGAAACUGCUUGCAAGCCUGGAGGUUUUGUGGAUGAAGUGACUGGAUCCAUCUACAAGACUGUAGCUGACAUCUUUGAUGAUGAUGAUGAUGAUGAUGAUGACAAGGAUGCCAACUGAAGCCGAACAUUUGUUGCCACCAUGUGGCCAGACUGAGGAAGAUCAGCUUCCUCUCUAUUUUCUGGAUACCUUUGUAACUGUCUUUCAGAUUCGUGAACAAGUCUUCAGUAAUAUUGUACGAUGGAGUUUUAGGGCCAAUUUACAAACAAAUGUUUUUUUAAUUACGACUUUAAAGUCUUAAAUUUACAAGAAAAAGUCAUAAAUUUACAGGGAAAAACACCAACGUUGUCUGUUUAUCGGAGCCAUGCUUGAAGAUGAAAGAUGUUGAGCCUUUUGGGCAGCUUUAUUUCCUGAUAGGUUUCAGAAACAAAGAAAUGUUUAACCUUUUGCCGACUCAAAAUCAGAUCAUUGUCAGUGUAGCCGUCUUUCCGGGCUUCGGUGUCGGUAAAGCAGAGUUUCAUCUGUAAAAUAAGGAGCUCAGAGACACGUUUGGAUGUAAAUGACCACUACUUUAUUGUCCUUUUUAUUCACAUACCCAGAAGUCCAUUUUGUCCCAUUACGUCAUGAACCUGUCAUGCACACAAGACCAGAGAGGAAUGAAAACUGUUCCAUACGCCCCCUCCUCCAGAUGAAACGUCCCGUUUCAACAUAAAACAACAAAUAUGAAUGAAAAUUGUCUGUUAUAUUAGCAUUAGAAUGUUGAAAAUGCUGAAAAGUGCUCCUCCUCAGAUGGAAGCAUCACACAAACGUAGAGAUCUGGUCUUUGGUGGAGGAAGAAAGGAUUGAAGUGGACGUCUGCAGGGACACCGAUCUCUUCUUCAACGGCUGCAGAGAUCCUGCAAACCACCCAUCAAUGAAUAAAACAUGAAUAAAUCAUAAAUCAAACAAAGGAGCUUCCCAACAUUUGGAACGUUAUCAAUAAACAUUCAGCUCACCUUUUCUACUAAGUUUAGACGCUCUGCUCUGCUGCUGCGUUGCGUUCACCUGCUGCUCUGUAAACUCACUUUCACUUUAAUCUCGUCUCGUAAAUUUAUGAGUUUAAAUCUCUUAAUUGUACUUUUUUUUUUGGGGCCCUAAAACUCCGUCAUAAUAUUAAACACAGAUUGUCAACAGGAACGUAUUUGUGUACUGCUCUUAUCUGACAAGUUGCACUUUUAAGGAGAAUAAGAUUUCACUUGUACUCGGUUGUCUUAACUAAAACAGACAGACUGUUUUCACUGA